ACCAUGGAAAGUUACCAAAACAGAAUCCUUAGUUUCACAUACACAACAAUGCCUUGGAUUUGGAUUUCACCUAUUCUUAUUACCAUCUUCUUCAUCACACUCCGGAACCUCUCUAAAAACAAAAACUCUCUUCCGGGGCCCGUUGGGCUCCCGAUCAUCGGACAUUUCCAUCUAUUGAGCAAAAAUCCGCAUCAAGAUCUUUGCCGUUUGGCCCGAAAAUAUGGACCCAUCAUGGCCAUGCGAUUCGGAUCGAUCCCGACGAUCAUUGUCUCGUCCCCGGCCGCCGCCAAAAUCUUCUUGAAAGCACAUGACCUAAAUUUUGCAGACAGGCCGCACCACGAGGCCUCGUGGCACCUUGCCUACGAGCAAAAGAAUAUCGUGUUUGGACCGUAUACUCCAUAUUGGCGAAACAUGCGGAAACUUUGCACCAUGGAGCUCUUGGGCCCUUCGAAGAUAAGCCAAUUUCAACCAAUGAGGAAACGAGAGCUCGGCCUCUUGGUCGAUUCGCUUAAACAGGGUGACGGUGAAGUUGUCGAUAUGAGUGUCCGGAUCAUGUUGUUGAGCGCUGACAUGAUUUGCCUAAUGGUGUUUGGGAAGAAGUAUAGUGAUAAGGAUUUGGCCGAAAAAGGUUUUAAAAAAGUGAUGAAGGCGACAAUGGAGGAAGCCGGGGCUUUCAAUCUCAGGGACUAUUUCCCGUACCUUCGGGGGAUCAAUCUCCCGGGAUUGGCCCGAAGGUUGGGGGAUCUUAGCAAGAUAUUUGAUGGAUUCUUGGAAAGAAUCAUUGACGAGCAUAGUUACAACAAGGAUGAGAAAGACCGAACCCAAAAUCCAACGUUGGAUUUUGUGGAUACUAUGAUGAGUAUCAUGGAGUCGGGACAAGCCGGAUUCGAUUUCGAUCGUCGCCAUGUUAAAGCCGUGUUGUUGGACAUGUUAUUGGCGGGAAUGGAUACCGGAGCAGCGGCAGUGGAAUGGACGCUAUCGGAACUCAUCAAACAUCCCGAAAUAAGAAAGAAGCUACAAAAAGAACUAUCGGAGGUGGUCGGGAUGAACCAAAUGGUGGAGGAAUCGCAUCUUCCCAACCUCAAAUACUUGGACUAUGUUGUAAGAGAAUCUUUAAGGCUCCACCCGGUCGGGCCACUGUUGAUCCACCAAUCCAUCGAAGAUUGCACCAUUAACGGGUACCACAUACCCAAGAAAACACGAGUCCUAGUGAACGUAUGGGCCAUAGGGAGAGAUCCCGAUGUGUGGAAAGAUGCAGAGAUGUUUUGGCCGGAGAGGUUUGAGGACAACAAUAUUAAUAAUAAUGUGGAUGUCCGAGGGCGGGAUUUUGAGCUGAUACCCUUUGGGACUGGGAGACGGGGCUGCCCUGGAAUGCAGUUGGGGCUGACUAUGGUUCAGCUGGUGGUGGCGCAGUUGGUUCACUGCUUCGAUUGGGAACUUCCCCCCGGAAUGGUCGCCGCCGAUUUGGAUAUGUUUGAGAAUUUCGGGCUCGUUACCUCCCGGGCUAAUCAUCUUAUGGCCAUUCCAAUCUAUAGGUUGAGUAUCUAAAAUAUGGGCAUGGAUUAGCCGCUGAUUCCAUCAAGUCAGCAUGGUGUUGAUUUGAUUGUAUCAAUAUAUGCUAUAUAUGUAACAUAUGUAUA